UUCUCGAACUUAGCUUUGAUUGGUCAUGCGGAACUGUUGUACAGCCGAGGGGCGGGAUGAAAUGACGGUUGAGUUGACAGAGUGGUUCUAUAACCAGCGGGGCUUAUGGCACAUUGGACCCGUUUCGAGAGGGAUCAAGAGCGCGAUAUAAAAACGCUUGUGUCCGUGGUGAGCGGCAUUCAGGAUGAGCAGGACAAUAACUUCCAGCAGGCCUUGCAGUUCGCCUGGUCCAACUUCAGAUUUCACCGGUACCUUGAUGUUAGCAGCCACAAAGUCCUCAGAACAUUGGAAGGAAUAUUUGAAAAGCUGGUAAUUCAUUCAGACCUAGAGAAAGCUGAAAGCUGGAAAAGACUGACAGAAGAGUUCCUUUCUUUGCCUCUUCCAAGCACUGAAGGAACCAAGACAGAUUCACAUUUUGCUGUACUGUCUCUCUUGCUUUGUCUGUCUGACUCUCCUUCCAACCAUGAUUACAUUGAAAAACCAAGGAAGAAGGAAACUGAUGAAGAGGAACCAUUUGACUGGGGUAAAUACCUAAGGGAAGGGGAAGAUCUAGAAGUCAGCCCUGAUGUAGCAACUCCUGAGUGGUCUGAAGCUAGUGAAGAAGAGGAUGAUCAAGAGCCUCUUAGCAGGGAAGACUCAGGAAUUCAGGUUGAUAGAACCCCACUGGAGGAUCCUGAAAAGAAAGGUGCUUCUCCUUUGGUAUCAUGGAAAGUUGGCGAGCCAGAUGCACGAAGUUGGCUAGAGCAGCAUAUUGUGCAUCAGUACUGGACAGCCAGAGUUUCCCGAUUUUCUCAUAGCUCCCAUCUUCAUUCGAAUCUGUCAGCCAUCUGGGAUCAGCAUUUGUAUACCACAGAUCCACUGUAUACACCUGAUGAUAAAACUAUUGUUACUGAAACCCAGGUUAUUCGUGAGACUCUUUGGUUACUUUCUGGUGUCAAAAAAUUGCUGAUCUUUCAACUGAAUGAUGGGAAAGUGAAUGUAAGGAAUGACAUUAUAGUCACACACAUGACUCAGAACUGCCUGAGGUCAGUACUUGAACAGAUCGCAGCAUAUGGGCAAGUUGUCUUCAGGUUGCAGAAAUUUAUUGAUGAGAUAACAGGACAUUGUUCUGAGGUCCCUUUGCCUGGAACCCUACCUACAGCCAAAAAAGCCACAGAAGCUCCGUUUCGGACAUACCAGGCUUUUAUGUGGGCAUUGUACAAAUAUUUCAUUAGUUUUAAAGAAGAACUUACAGAGAUUGAAAAGUGCAUUAUAAACAAAGAUGAAACAGUGACUUUGGCAAUUGUUUUGGAUAAGCUGGCACCUCGACUUGCUCAGCUGAAAGUGCUUCACAGAGUAUUCAGCACCGGGAUUGCAGAAGUACCACCAGACACUAGAAAUGUUGUAAGAGCUUCUCAUCUUCUGAAUACUCUGUACAAGGCUAUUCUGGAUUAUGACAACGUAGGGGAGGCCUCAGAGCAAACGGUUUCUCUCCUUUUUUGUCUUUGGGUUGAAACAGUGAGGCCAUAUUUAGAAAUUGUGGAUGAAUGGAUUGUUCAUGGAAACUUAUUUGACCCUGCAAAAGAAUUUAUUAUACAGAGAAAUAAAGAUGUUCCUUUCAACCAUCGAGACUUUUGGUAUGCAACCUACACCCUAUACAGUGUAUCCGAAAAGACAGAGAAUGAGGAUAAAAUGAGUGACAAUGCUAGUGCCAGCUCUGGGAGUGAUCAAGCUCCAGCAGGCAGGCAGCAUACUAUGGUCUCCUUUUUGAAGCCUGUUUUGAAGCAGAUUAUCAUGGCUGGAAAAUCCAUGCAGCUGCUAAAGAACCUGAAGUGCAGAGCUGCUGUACAGCAAGACUCCUCUAGAGAUGCGGAUAGGAAAAGCUUGUACACCUUAUUCCUAGAGUCUGUGCAAUCUCGCCUGCAACAUGGUAAUGAUUCGAUUCCAGACGUCAUUACAGAACAGCAAGUUAACAAGCUUAGUCUUAUAAAGAUGCACUCUAUUGUAGCAAAACACUUGGAGCUAGAUGAAGUGCAUGACCCUCUGUUGGCUAUCAACUUUGCAAGGUUAUAUUUGGAGCAGAGGGAUUUUCUGGAGACUUUUACAUGCAAUGAGGUCUGUGUAGAUCGGUCAUCAGAAUCUGUUACUUGUCAGUCCUUUGAACUGACCCUACGCUCUUGUCUCUACCCUCAUAUUGGCAAGCAGUACCUGAAGUGCUGUGGUAACCUCAUGUAUACACUAAAGAAAGAUUAUAGACUGGUAGAAUAUCUGCAAGCCAUGAGAAAUUUCUUCCUCCUUGAGGCUGGAGACACUAUGUAUGAUUUUUACACACCCAUUUUUGACAAAAUCAGAGAAAAAGAACCAUGGCAGAAUUUAUCUUAUCUAAAUGUACAGCUACAGGAAGCUGUUGGGCAGCGGUAUCCAGAGGACAGCACUCGAUUAUCAGUAUCAUUUGAAAGUGUUGACUUAGCAAAGAAGAAACUCCCCGUGCAUACAUUAGAUGGCCUUAUACUAAGUUACAAGGUACCAUGGCCUGUUGAUGUUGUUAUCAGUUCGGAAUGCCAAAAGAUUUACAAUCAAGUCUUUCUCCUUCUAUUAUUGAUAAAGUGGGCCAAAUAUAGCUUAGAUGUGUUACAGUUCAAUGAAAUCGUUAACACUACAGAAAACGAAUCCACAAAGGAAGGAGCCACCGUUGACCCAUUUACUUUGCCUCACUUAACUUCACCAUCGGAGCCGAAGGGACAGCAAAUUCAUCGCAUGUUUCUCCUUCGAGUCAAGUUAAUGCAUUUUGUUAAUAGUUUGCACAAUUACUUGAUGACUAGGAUUUUGCAUAGUACUGGCCUUGAAUUUCAGCAUCAAGUGGAAGAAGCAAAGGAUUUGGAUCAGUUAAUUAAAAUUCAUUAUAGAUACCUUUCUACUAUUCAUGAUCGAUGUCUCUUGAGGGAAAAGGUGAGCUCGGUUAAAGAGGCAAUCAUGAAAGUCCUAAAUGUUGUACUGAUGUUUGCUGAUCGCUGGCAUGCCGGUUUAGAAGCAUGGAAGAUGGAAUCUAUUAUAAAGAUGGAAUCUGAUUUCACAAAUUGCCACAAGUUUCUUGUAAAAGUGCUCAACAAAGCUGUGUGUAGAGGAUCUUUUCCCCACUUGGAGUCUCUUGCGUUGUCUCUAAUGGCCGGAAUGGAGCAAAGUUAGCAAAAACCAGGAUAAUGGAAGGAUAAUAUUUGUCAGCUUGUCUCACAGCACAGAAAUUUGUAUAUAUGUAUAAAACACAUAUAGGGGGGAUGUCAUUGCUAUAAAGAUGAAGCCAGAUCUGGUUGGAUUUUUAAUAAUUCUUUGACAAAUAUAUAAAUGGAUUAUUAGUAAUCACCAUUUUUUUUUUUUUGCUGUUGGCAUACAGGGUGCUUUCUAUCCUGACUUAUUUCAGAAGGUUAAAAAGCCCCCCUGCCUCCCCCAAUCACUUGAGCAGAGAUUCAGGCCAAAGAUGUUCACAAGUGCAUCUUUAGACUGAAAACUGCCAGUUCUGGUGCUUUUAGGUGUUUCCCAUUCACACAAAGAAGAAGAGGCAUGGGGGCAGUUUAUCAUCUGGCUGAAAUUUGAUAAUACACCCUGUGUGAUCAUCAGCCUUAGGCACUGCCAAUCACUGAUUCAUACUUAGUUUGACUCUUAGGCCACAUUAAGUUUUGUCAAUGAACAAAACAUGAAUGUGUUGUUUGCAGCUGAAAAAAAUAAUAGAUCACAAGUAAAUAUAAUUAAAUAUAUUAAAACAUUUUUAAAUAUUCUUCCCAGUUUGCUAGAAUUUUUUUUUUUGACCUCCAUAUUAAAGGACAAGAAAAGUCUGAAUUACUAGUGGGGAUGGGGUGGCGUGCCCUAGUGAACUCAAUGAUUACACCUAACAUAUUGGAAUCCCCAGUGACUCCGGUUUUCUUUUAGCAAAAGAUGUAAUUGUAUAUUGUCUUGUAUCACACUGACCUGUCAUCUAUACAUAUGUAAAUACUCAUGUAAAUUAUAUCUGUUAAUGUACCUCUACUGCAAUAAAUUUACAUAGAUUUGCAUUUUUAAGCUGGAA